AUGGACAAAUACCAAUACUUGGGAACAUAUUCAGCACAGGAGAGAGCGUGUUACUUGGGAUUGUGUAAUCUGGUUUUCCCACGAGAUCGUCUUACCACAGACGUUCAGAAGAGAGCCUGGGGUAUGGAAAAAACUAUCUAUUGUUUGGGGUGGAAGACGAGUCGCGUGAUCACUUCUUCUUCGCAUCAAAUCUGGAUUGGUGUGAUACCCUCCAUCAUUCAAACUCGAUCAAAUAGACAAUAUAUUGUUGAGAUUAUCCUCCCAAACCAUAAUUUACUUCCUCUGGAGAGAACAUGGUGCACCAAAAACUUAACAGACAGUAUUGACAAGGCUGAGCGUAACUGGAUUGUGUCCUUUCACUAUAGCUUCCCUCACAAGUUUGAUGGGCUAUUUAGAAAAUAA